ACAGGCACUUCCGGUCAGCGCAGCCCAGGCCGCAGCAGGGUACCGUCCUGGACCCCCUCCCUCCAGUGGAGGCUGGAGAUGGGAGCGCAACUGGGGCUCCGCCGAGGUCUCCGAGGGCACUUCGCCCCCCUACCACCCCAGGAACUGCGAAACCCCAAAUCUUCUUGCCCACCGCGGGGCGCGGGCCCUGCCCACCCGCUCUCCAGGGACGCACGCAGAAAGGCAGUCCCGGCCGCCUCCCCGCGCCAGGGUCCGGGCAAGCGUCUGAAAAGCUGUGCUUGGGCCGCAGGCUCCAGCCAUCGCCCCUCACCCCCAGUUCUCCCGGGCCACUGUUCAUUGCACAGUUUCGAUUUGUUUAGGCCGGGGUCUCCUCUUCUUUCCUCACCAUCUUUUUCUAUGGGCUCCCCGCCUCUGUGUUCCUCCUCAUCCUCUGCUCCAAGGUUUCCGUUUUUUGCACCGGAGGCCGCCCUUCUGCGACCAGCCUUCUCCGGCCGCUCGGACUCGGCCUCUGCAGCGGAGUGCACCUGGGAGUCCCUUCGGCUGCCGGCCCUCCCUCUCUCCUCGUCGCCCAGCCCUGCUUCCAAGUUUGCGCCCCUGGCUGCCCCGCGCCGCGGCUCAACUGGACAUCCGAACGCUCCGACUGUCCGCUCCGUUCCCCUCCCCCGGCCGACACGUGGGGACCAGCGCUGACCUUGGGUGCGGCCACGCUGUCCCCCGCUGCUCUCCAGUCACCCCUGUAUCCCUUUGACUCUCGGGCUUCCGAGUAGGGGCUCCCGAAGUAUUACCAGGGAAAAGGGGAGCGCCCUUCCCCUGGUAAUGAGAGUAACCACGCAAUGUCGGCUGCGCAAACUGGGCCUCGGAGCGGCCAGGCCGGGGUCAAACCAGGAAGGGGGGGAGGGGUGGACAGCAAGGCUAAAGAGACCUGACUUUGUGUUGCUUCGACUUGUCCUGAGUGGUUACACGAGGCGCGCGCUCUUGCACACACACCGCGGGCAGCCCAAACCCUCGCUGGCUCGUCCCGCCGGCUCCUCGCCCUGCCAGUCCUUAGCCCGCUCUGAGCCACCGGAGUCAGAGGGCUCGGGCGCCUGCCUUCUUGGUGCGGGCUGGGGAGGACCUGCUCGCAAAGGGCUGCCAACUGAACUUUCCUGCACUAGGGGUGACCGCAUUGUGGUGCAAAGUGACAAGUCGAGUGUUGGCUUGGGGACUGCGAUGACCGGCCACCAGGAAGGGAACCAGGUAUGCGCUGGGGUCCCGAGCGGCGCCCUGGCAGCGGACGUUCCCGCAGGUAGUGCGCGACUCUUGCCCCAGGAAGAAGUCGCUGCUGCCUGCAGGGUGGCCUUGGAGAGGCUCGGGCCUCCAUUGAGACUGCUCACUUCCUUUUCUCCGGGACCACGGCUCUUCAGCUUUUUCCGCCCUAGGCUCCCCCACCUCCUCGGUUCCCCAUGGGAGAGUUAUUUGAGGGCUCCCCGGAGUUGGGAGUUGACCCACCAAUCCUAGCAAAUCAAGGCCCGCCCGGCUAGGCGCGGAGAGGCGGCCUCCCUCCCGCUACCCCGGGUGGGGUAGGGACCCCCUUUCCCCUAGAGACCCUCUAGCACCUGAGUGCUGAUGAUCAUUACUUUAAAUUAAAAGUCUCUUUUCUCCUUUC